UCCDGAGGCAGUUGUGGCUGGUUACAAGGACAGUGUCAGACUGCACCAAACCAGAUAUGCCUUUGUGGCCCCAGUGGUGCUGUAAGCCAUGAAGUUGUGCUGCAGAUGUGGUGUGGGUUCAGUUUUACAGUGACUCAUUCUGAGAGAGGCAUAUUGAACCCGUUUUUCGGCAGAGAGAAAUUCAGGUUGGAAGGGACCCCUGGUGGUCAUCCGGUCCAACCUCCUACUCGAAGCAUGUUCGACUAGAUCAGGUCUGUGUUUGCUGAGGUGCAAGAUGUCUGCCCUGAGGCUGAUCUCCAACAGAACCUCCCAGCAGGCCUUGUCUAACUCGGAUUACACCUGGGAUUACGAGUACUACGAGUACGGACCGGUGUCMUUUGAGGGCCUGAAGGCUCACAAGUAUUCCAUUGUGAUUGGGUUUUGGGUUGGUCUUGCAGUUUUUGUCAUCUUCAUGUUUUUUGUCCUGACCCUGCUGACGAAGACAGGAGCACCACAUCAAGACAAUGCAGAACCCUCUGAAAAAAGAUUUCGCAUGAACAGCUUUGUGGCGGAUUUUGGAAGACCUUUGGAGUCUGAGAGGGGCUUUUCUCAUCAAAUGGCUGAAGAAUCCCAGUCACUUUUCCAUUUUUGUAUUAAUGAAGUGGACCAUAUGAACAAAGCAAAAGAGAGUAAGAAAGGUCCAAUCCUGGAGACUAAUACCCACUUCCAGGAGGUUCCCAGAAGCAGUGGAAUGUUUGAGGAAGACCUACAUUGUCUUACAAAAUUUAAUAUUCCUAACUUUGUGAACAGUGAGCAGAACUCCUCAUUAGGUGAGGAUGAUCUCCUCAUCUCAGAGCCACCAAUCAUUUUAGAAAGCAAGCUGGUUAUUCAAUCWUCCCAUCGGAUCCUUGAUUGAAAAAAUCUUUUAAUUUAAGGUAAACAUUCCUGGUGUUGACAAGUUGAAGCUUUUCUUAGCCUCCUGCUCUUCUGACAGAAUGUAUUUCAGACUUGUGCUUUUUAUUCCAUGUAAGACUGGCUGUACUGAUGGAACUCAGUUUAGACAAGAAGUAAGACACUGAAUACUCUAUCUGAUGCCUUCUGUGGUCUAAAAAUUUUGCCCAGCAUUAUUUUUGCUUUUUGAUUUUUUUUGUCUUGUUUUUUGUUUGUUUUUGUUUUUGUUUUUGU